AUGGAGGAAAAUGUUUCUGAACAGGCAUGUGUCAACACAACCAAAUAUGCGGACGAUUGCACCAUGGAUACGUCCAUAAGAACAGGAGAAUCUAGCGAUUUGCAAAGCGCUCCGGACUCAGUGCAAAGUUGGGCUGUGGAAAAUAAGAUGGAACUGAAUGCCAAAAAGAAAAAAGAUAUGUAG